UGACCUCAUCGGCACCAUCUAUUCAAUUCUCCACCCUGCUUGUCCAACCUGCUGCUUCCAUCCGAGCAUAGAAAUAUCUACAGCCCCCGGUUGCCAACGCCCCGCGUCGCAAACAUAGAGCCAAGAGCAGCGUCGAUAGACGACUUUGCGAAUACUUCCCGGAUCGCGCUCUGUUACUCCCCGUCGUAACCCCUCAGGGUCCUCAGCCGCCUUCUGAACCGUGGAGCGUUGGCGCUUGACAGUCAGAAGACUCGCUCGCCUUUCUUUUACGUGGAGAGCACCCCAUCUCAUUUGCUACAGCAAGAUUCACUGCUUGGCAUUGCAUAUAGACACAGACUCCCCCCGCGCUUCCGUCGUCGUCCUACCAACCCCUGGAACUCAAGCAAGGCAAAGCAGAGAAAAGAAAAAAUGGCGUCCUACGCGAUCUCCGUAACGGACAGCGUAUAUAGCUCUCUCACCUCGAACGUGUGGACACUACUUGUCUCUCUCUCACGAACAAGCGUUACCGGCCUGCUGAAGCGUCUGCAAGUCGGGCAGCUCGAGAUCAGGACCGAUUCCGGUGUCUGGAAGUUCGGAGACCCGGCGCUCAUCCGGAGCAAGGAGUACAACCGCGAGGCCAUCGCUAACUCUGCCACUGCCAGCGCUGGCGCUCGAAUUUCGCCUAUUCCGGCGGGUGCCACUCCGGGCGUUGAAGGGCCAAGUCCAACCACGAUCCUGUCAUCUUCAAAGGGAGUUGGCACAACUGCUCCUGCUUCUACUUCUGCAGCAUACAAAAAGACGGACACAAUCAGGGCGACGAAUGCGCCGCAAGCAGUCCUGAUCGUCAAGGAUGAUGCCUUUUGGGUCCGCAUGUUUGUCGGUGCCGACCUCGGCUUUGCUGAGAGUUACAUGCUUGGAGAGAUGGAGACGCCAGAUCUCGGUGCUUGCUUUGAGCUCUUCAUCCAAAACCGCGUGGCGAUAUCAGAACUCUCUGUCGGUCUCGUCUCUUCCGUGAUGUCGUGGGUCCAGGGGCAGCUGAACAAGCGGUACGCCAACACGCGUAGCGGCUCGCUCAAGAACAUCGGCGCGCACUAUGACAUCAGCAAUGCGAUGUACGCGGCCUUCCUCAGCGCCGACAUGACAUAUUCGUCCGCCGUGUUCCCCACGCUGGAUGCUGACAUCACCGGUCCGCUGUACAGAAGCGUCAUGGAGGACAGCAACGCAUCAGUCGAGACGUUCAUCAACGGGCAUUCCCAGCGCAGUGCAGAGACCGGUGCAGUCAGGCGGCUCCACCAUCGCGGGCCGAGAAUCGACCACCCGGACUCCGCCUCGUCGCCGGCAGAGGACGAGCUGCUGGCCGCGGAUGAGCUCGAGGACGGGCAGCUGCGCAAGUUGCGUCUGCACAUCGAGCGUGCCAACAUCCGCCGUGGUGACCACGUCCUUGAGAUUGGCACGGGCUGGGGGAGCUUCAGCUUGGAGGCUGUGCGUUUGACGGGCUGCAUGGUGGAUACCCUGACGUUGAGCAUCGAACAGAAGGCACUGGCCGAGCAGCGUAUCGCCGCCGCGGGUUUGAGCAGCAAGAUCAAGGUCCACCUGAUGGACUACCGCGACAUGCCCGCUUCCUGGACCGGUCGCUUCGACCGGAUCGUCAGCAUCGAGAUGCUUGAAGCAGUCGGCAUCGAGUUCCUCUCCACGUACUUCGCAUGCCUCGAUCGCGUGCUGAAGCCGAACAACGGCGUCGUUAGUAUCCAGUGCAUCACCAUCCCCGAGGUGCGCUACAAGAAGUACAUCCAGCAGACCGAUUUUAUCCGCAAAUGGAUCUUCCCCGGUGGUGUCCUGCCCAGCGUAACUGCGAUCAUCGACGCGGUCGAGAAGGGCACUGACGGCCGCCUCGUCCUUGACACGGCGCAUGCCAUCGGCCCACACUACAGCCGAACGCUCCGGGAGUGGAGGAUUCGUUUCGAGAAGAACUUUGAAGACUUUAUCAAGCCCGCGCUCCUCAUGGACCAUGACGACAUUCGAGGUCUCGCGCCGGAGGAGCAAGCGAAAGAGGUCGAGAUCUUCCGACGAAAAUGGAUUUAUUACUUUGUCUAUUGCGAGGUUGGCUUCACGCAACGAACCAUCGGCAACCAUAUUUUGUCCUUCACACGCGAAGGCAAUGUCACAUUACCGGUCGGCUGUGCCUGAGGGAAGGCAGCAUUCACUUCCUCAAUGGUGUUCGUCGAAGCAAAAGCUGGCGGCGCUGACGACGAUGUAUUACGCGUGCCCGCACUUGGUCCAUCACUCUUCGCUGCAUGCUACGUGUAGGGUGGUUGCUACGUCCAGGGCGAAGACGCUACGCUUGCGUCGCAGUAAGCAUUGCUGCUAUUGGUACCGUUAGUGUGAGCAUGAAGCGAUG